AUGGAUAUUUGACUCCUCAGUCCUCGGCACGAUGUCAAACGUCAGAAACCCGCGUUAUUCUAUAGGAACAAGCUGUGUGUGAUUCAUUUGUCAGUUUGUUUCUCCUUGGAAACAUGAAAUGACUAACUCAUUGAUGGUUUCAGCGAAGUUUGCUAAGACUUUAUUUCCCCAUUCCUUCAGAUACUUCAUCUCUCUAAGUGGGAUUUAUAACAGGGUUUACUUGAACAUCUUCGGUAUCUGAGGAUAUAAAUCUAUGUCAGGGGUAAAUCAAAAGGAGAUUAUGGCUUUAUCGUUGUUUUACGCGCUGUGCAUGUGGAUAAGUUUAGUCUGUCCUACGCGGGGAACAGGGUUUGUUUAUCACUUUCCGGGCAUCACACUGCAGCGGCAGCGCAUCAAGUCGGAGCAAAGCGGCAACACUGGACCGCCAGGUACCGGAACCAGUAUCCAACUCAGGAACUGGUGUCAGUAUACUGUUUCCAGAACAGUGACCUGUCAGGUGUACAAUGGGACACAAACCACUGUGCAGAGAGUGAUACAGGGCUGCCGGUGGCCGGGACCUUGUUCCAAGGUCAUCAGCUACAGGACGGUGAUCAGGCCAUCCUUCAAAGUUGCCCACAAGCAGGUGACUGCACUGGAGUGGAGAUGCUGCCCAGGGUUUGUGGGAGAAGACUGUCGUGAAG